UCGAAUCGCGUGGUGGACGCCACGUCGUCGUCGUCGUCGUUCGGUUCUCGGUUUUCGCCGGUUUUCUACCCAAAAGUCACGAGUUUACGAGCUUAGUGGGUGGUGAUUCCACCCCCCAAUAGAAACGGCCUAUGCAAAUAUGUGCAUAACAUGCUGCAACAUAAAUUAAAUCCGCACAAGAUUCAAACUGAAGUCAAAAUAUUACAAUAAUUGGCCUGUUGUGGGUGUGACAUCUGUUGGUUGGCGGCACGUGUGUGUGAAUCCAAUUUCCGCUUUCCUCAGUUUUUCCGGUUUUUCUUUUGUAGCUCCAAAUUCGAUUUACGCCAAUUUUAAGUUCAGGCUAGGAAAUCAAUUAACUAAAGCUGCGCCAAAAAAAAAAAAAAAACACACGUCCGACGAAUCUAGCAAGGAUCAACAGCAAUUUAAUUAAACCACAACGAAUUCACUUGAUUGCAAAACAUGAAUUCGCAAAAAAGCAUCAGCAAAUGUUGUUGCUGUUAAAAUUCCUUACUUGCAUAAAAUAUGAUAUUCAUAAAUUUUUAACAUUGCCAUUUGCGUUAAUUAAACGAUGAGCAAUUCCAAUCACCGGACCCAGACAAGGCCACUCGCUUAAAAAUGCACACUCCCAAGUGCGUCCGUCGUCCGAGCAUGUCGCCGGCUCUUUCGCAGAAGGACUACGCAGGACUUGCCGGCUGCUCGGCACUCGCUUUUGUCCUGUACCUAAACACACUUAACGCUGGAUUUGUCUACGAUGACAGACGAGCCAUCUUGACCAAUGGAGACGUGACGGGAGCUCAUCCACUGGCUCAUCUUCUGCGUAACGACUUUUGGGGUACUCCCAUGGUGGACAGUGGAUCCCACGGCUCCUGGCGACCGCUGAGCGUGCUCAGCUUCCGGCUGAAUUUCCUGGCAAGCGGAAUCUCACCCAUGGGCUAUCACCUGGUCAACGUAAUACUACACUGUAUGGCCACAUUGCUGGUGUUCCUGGUGGGUCGAACACUUCUGCCUUCUUGGAUUGGAGUCUUGGCCGCCGGUGCUCUUUUCGCCGCCCAUCCCGCCCACACGGAGGCCGUUGCCGGGUUGGUGGGCAGAGCAGAUUUGGCUGCCUGUGUAUGCUACCUGUUCGCCUACCUCUCUUAUCGCCGGCACAUGCUGAAUCGAGAGUGGAGAUCCCUGAUUCUCACCAUUAUCCUUGCGCUGGCAGCACUUCUCUGCAAGGAAACGGCCAUCACGGCGCUGUUCCUGUGCGGGCUGUGCGACAUUAUAUCUGCAGUUGGACGGGAAAGUAGUGAUAAGCACCGCAUCCGAUCGCUUACCGUUUUGGGAUUUACCUUGUUGUGUGCCCUCUACUGUAGAUUGUGCCUUUUGCCACGCCCCACCACUGCCUUUUCGGCUGCCGACAAUCCAACCGCCCAUGAAUCUUGUUUCUGGACGAGGACUCUCACAUUCAUGUACCUGCCGGUGGCCAACUUUCGACUGCUUCUUUGGCCGCAGGAUCUAAGCUUCGAUUGGGGAAUGGAGGCCGUGCCUCGGAUUAGAACGCUUUGGGAUGUCCGAAAUGUCCAUAGUGUUGGUUUCUACGGAUCCUUGCUAGCUGUACUGUGGAAGAGCUUUGGAUUCCGACGCUCAGUCUCAUCGAUGGACUUUGCAGAGGUGGCGAACAUUUCCCUUCCGCUUUUGAGUCGAUUGGGUGGCAAUAGUUGCCACACUUGGCUGGGCCUCACCUGCGAUUGCCACCAUCAAAUAUCCGCUCCUAGCUAUCGUUCAACAUCAUCCACCUCCUCCUCCUCGAAAAGCGCCUCAUGGCCAGCUCAUAUCUUGGGCAUUGCCUUCCUGGUGUUGCCAUUCCUGCCCGCUAGCAAUCUGCUCUUCUACGUGGGAUUUGUAAUGGCCGAGAGAGUACUCUAUCUGCCGACUGUGGGCUAUUGCCUGCUCUUUGGACUUGGCUUUGGCAGUCUCUGGCAGAUGGUCAAUAGCUCCAGGCCAGCCAGGAUAAUGCUCCUCUGCGGAAUGGGGCUGCUUCUUGGAGUUCAUGGAUUGCGCACCUACAGACGCAACUUGGAUUGGCGAGAUGAGGAGCAGCUUUUCCGCAGUGCCAUUAAUAUUAAUCCACCAAAAGCUCUGGGCAACCUAGGCAGUGUAUUAAGCGCCCAAGGAAGAUAUGAGGAGGCGGAACUCGCUCUGAGGAUGGCCCUAGGACAUCGGCCCACCAUGGCUGAUGCUCACUUUAAUCUGGGCGUGGUACACCAAAAGCAACUCAACUUCAGUUCAGCUGUUCCAAGCUUUCGCCGGGCUAUCAGCUUGCGUCCCCAACUGGCAGUGGCCUAUUUGAAUCUGGGCACAUCUCUGAUCUCCCUGGGCGACCAUCGUCGAGAAGCCAUCUCUGUGCUGCGUACUGGAGCCCGUCUGGAGGGGAAUGGCGUUCGGGAUCGAGGGGCCCACGAGAAGGCCCGCUACACCUGCUACCUGCAACUGAGUGUCCUUCACCGCUCCGAGGGAAGACUUCAGGAAGCUGCAUCGAUGCUAAGGGAAUCCCUAAAAGCACUGACUGUGCUGCCUCAAAAGGAGAGGGCAGUGCUGCACUUGCGUCUCGGGGAAAUCCUUGCGGAGAUGGAAGAUUGGGAUGAGGCUGAACAUCAACAGAGAUUGGCCAUGCAAUUUCAACCGGAGCAGGGAGCGGCCUAUGUCACCUAUGGUCAGACACUGGCCAGAAAUGGCAGUCGCCUUGCUGAGGCAGAGUCCUGGUUCAAGAGAGCCCUGCAGCUGGCACCUCUGGAGGCCAGUUCUCAUCACCAUUAUGCUGACUUCCUGGAGCAGCAGGAGCGCCAUCAUGAAGCACUUACCCUUCGCUUGCGAGCCGCUGCUUUGGCACCCAAUGACUACACCCUGCAAUCCUGUGUGGCGGAUGCACUCCGUCUGCUUAACCGCCUGGCGGAAGCUGAACUGUGGUACCGAAAGGCUGUCACCCUGCAACCAAUGGCGGCCCAUGCCCAUGCCAACCUGGGAGCCAUCCUACAGAUGCGUGGCCUCCGUAAGGAAGCAACGGAAAGAUAUCACAAAGCCUUGGAACUGCAACCAGGACAUGCCAUCAGCAGGGCAAAUCUGGCCAAGAUGAAUCUUCACAAGGACGAAAAUGAAUGAGAAGCAAAAGAAUAUAAAUGUUGAGAGUGUAGGCUUAAACCAAUUGUAGAUAGAAGAGAAAUAUUACGAAAUGAUUGAUGGCAUGUCAAUAUAUUUUUUAAAAUAAAUAAUAAA